AUGUUCACUUUUGCUGCCUUCUGCUACAUGCUGUCUCUGGUCCUCUGCGUGUCCCUCAUCUUCUUUGCAAUAUGGCACAUAACAGCUUUUGAUGAGCUCCAGGCUGACUUCAAGGUUCCCAUUGACCAGGGCAAUCCACUCCAUGCGAGGGAGAGACUACGUAACAUCGAGAGGAUCUGCAACUUGCUGAGGAAGUUAGUGCUUCCAGAGUACUCCAUCCAUGGACUCUUCUGCAUCAUGUUCUUGUGUGCCCAGGAAUGGCUGACUGUGGGUCUCAACAUUCCCCUGCUCUUCUACAACACGUGGAGUAGGUACUUCCAUUCUCCAACGGACACUAAGGAGCUGCUCUACGACCCAGCAUCUGUGAUGAAUGGCGAUACGCUCAAAUUCUGCCUAAAGGAGGCCUGGUGCAAGCUGUCCUUCUUCGUCCUCUCCUUUUUCUACUAUCUCUACUGUGUGUGGAACCUGGAUAUUUCCCUCUAA